AUGGCUCGUUAUUCCCUCCCGGACCACGGCGAAAUGGUCUUGUCCCUAAUUAGAGCGAUCUCCCAGUCGAGUCAACAGCCCUCCCCGUCACGCAUUGGCGAGUCAUCACCCCAGCCGCAGCGCGACGAGGCUCGAGACCCGUCUCGAGAGCUGAUCCUCACACUGCAUGUGCUAUUCCCAAACCUCGUCUUGCCGGCCCUGGACCUGCUGGACAGGCAACUUGUCGAGAAGAUACAAGUCGCGAGUGGCGAAAACAGCUCGGCGAAUCUGGACCAGCCUCCGCGUCGUGCGGAUAGUCGUGCGCGCGUCGAGCAGCCGCAUCGCCGGGUCGCGCCUCGACCUUCGGUUUACUGUGUCCGGUCGUUGCCGCUCACUGCUUCAUCCCGCGCGGCGACGUGCGGCCCUCGGGACAGGAGAGAGGGCUCGAGAUCGCACACCGUGCACCUAGGCGUCUGGAACUGUUCAUGCGCCGCCUUCGCUCUUGACAAGUAUUCCGGGCCGACUUCGAAUCAUCGGGUUUGUCAUGUGACAGCAGAGUUGCCUUUGAUGGUUGCGCACGCCUCCUUGGAUGAAGCCUCUGGAAGUCGAGCUGGCUUUCCUAUGUGUAAACACCUUCUAGCCAGCUUGCUGGUAGAUGAUGGUGCCGAGUGGGGGGCGCUCAAGUGCGUCGAAAGAGCUGUUUCCAAGUGUGAAAUGGCAGCUCUGAUGUCCACUGUGUAA